AUGAAGAUUAUUUUUGCCCUCCUUUUGCUGGUCAGCUUGGCUUCCGCCAGCCAGCUCUUCUCCGAGUCCCACUACCAAGGUGCCUUCACCAACUGGAUGGUCCAGUACGACCGCCAGUAUGCCAACGUUGAGUUCGCCUCCCGUUACGCCACCUUCAAGAAGAACUUCGAUUUCGUCCACAAGUGGAACCAGAAGGGAUCUGCCACCGUCCUCGGAAUGAACAAGUUUGCCGAUAUCUCCAACGAGGAGUACCGUCGUGUCUACUUGGGAACCGUCAUUGACGGAACCCAGUACCUCGCCGCCGCCAAGACCAACAAGCUCGGACGUGUCCAGAACGUCAACGCCGACCUUGUCGACUGGAGAGCCAAGGGUGCCGUCACUGCCAUCAAGAACCAAGGCCAAUGUGGAUCAUGCUGGUCUUUCUCCACCACCGGAGGUGUUGAGGGUGCUCACCAGAUCUCUGGCCAGAACCUCGUUGCCUUCUCCGAGCAGAACCUCAUGGACUGCUCAUGGUCCUACGGAAACCAAGGUUGUGAUGGUGGUUUGAUGACCGCUGCUUUCGAGUACGUCAUUGCCAACAAGGGUCUCGACUCUGAGGAGUCAUACCCAUACAAGGGCAAGUCAUCCCACACCUGUGGAUACAAGGCUGCCAACUCUGUUGGUACCAUCUCAUCGUACGUCAACGUCACCUCUGGUUCCGAGACCGACCUCGAGACCCAAGCCAACUCUGGCCCAGUCUCCGUCGCCAUCGAUGCCUCCCACAACUCCUUCCAGCUGUACACCUCUGGUAUCUACUACGAGGCUUCAUGCUCCACCACUGCUCUUGACCACGGUGUCCUCGUCGUCGGUUACGGCUCUGGUACCCCAUCUGCUGCUGAUGGAAACUUCUGGAUCGUCAAGAACUCCUGGGGAACUGACUGGGGUGUUGAGGGAUACAUCUUCAUGUCCAAGGACAGAAACAACAACUGUGGCAUAGCAACUAUGGCCAGUCGCGCCAUCGCUUAA